UCGGGACCUUCCAAUGACACCAAUCUCUAUGAAUUAAAGAAUACUGCCAGGAAUACUGCAGGAACAUAGUCGAUCUAUCAAUUCCCCACGAGGCCUAACCCUAGUUAUGUGCUGUGACUCACCACUACUCCACUCGUUAGUCCAUUUAAGCUCGCACAUUCGGACUUCGGCCAUUUAGCAGUUAGCUCUAGCUGCAUAUCAAACUGCGGCUAUAUCUUAUCGCUAUCUACCCAUUUCUUCCUCCUCCUCCUUCCUCCCUCACCACCGAUAUACCUCAAUCAACCACACCACCACCACCGCAGCAGCAGCAGCAGCAGCAGCAGCAGCAGCAACAAUGGACACCACCGUCCUCCUAACCACCAUCCUCGCCAUCCUCCUCCUCUCCCUCCCCUUCAUCCUCAAAAAUAUAUCCAAAAACCCCCUCUCCCACCUCCACACCCUGCUGCACCUGCACCACCACCGCCCCCUCAAAACCCACCCCAGCACCAUCCUCUCCCUGCACAUCUACCCCAUCAAAUCCUGCCGGGGCCUCACCAUCCCCAAAUCCACCCUCAAUAAACACGGCCUCGCUCUCGACCGCCGCUGGAUGUUCGUCGACGCCAACACCCAUGAAUUCCUGACCAUUCGCCAGAACGCCAAAAUGACAUUGAUCACCACCGCCUUGGAUAGCUCCCUCACCACCCUUUCUAUUUCCAUUCCCUCAUUCACGCAGAAAGUGAUUACGGUUCCCGCAUCCCCGACACCCUCCUGGCUCGCGGAACACACCACCCUCUCCGAGAAAGUCAAAAUCUGGGACAACAUCACAGAUGGAUACGUGUACGGACCCGCCGUGAAUUCGUUAUUCAGUGAGUUCCUCGGCAGGGAGGUGGCACUGGUAUAUAAAGGUCCCACGCCGAGGAUGUUAAAAGGCAAUGGGGACCCCAGGAUAUUAGGCCGGGAACAAAGUACCUUCUUCCCCGAUGUCCAUCCCGUCUUGAUAGCGAGUGAGGCCUCCAUGAGGGAGUUGAAUGAGCGGUUGGUGGGAAGGGGCGAGGAGGAAAUUACCGUGGAGAGGUUUCGGCCGAAUAUUGUCAUUCAGGGGGUGGUGCCGUGGGAGGAGGAUUCGUGGAAGGUGGUCAGGAUUUUAUCCGCGGGGGAAAAGGAAGGGGGGAAGGGGAAAGGGUUGGAGUUGGAUGUUGUGGCCAGGUGUGCCCGGUGUCAGGUUCCGAAUGUGCAUCCCGAUACGGCGGUCAAGCAUGCCAAGCAGCCGUGGGAUACGCUCAUGUCGUAUCGCAGGGUCGAUGAGGGGAUGAAGUAUAAGCCGUGUUUUGGGAUGUUGAGUGCCCCGCGCAAUGAGGGGGUCGUGGAGGUGGGGAUGCGGUUUGAGGUGGUCGAGGAGACGGAUCAGCAUCGGUAUAUUACGGGGUUUUAGUGUGGUGGGAUGGAAAAUUGACCGGUUUUGUAUAUGGCAUAUAUUACACGUUGGCCAUUUAAUGUAUGACUAGCUCAACUAGUUCAGCUGCUAAUUCAGCUGCUAAUUCAGCUGCUAAUUCAGCUGCUAGUUCUUCAGCUGCUUGCUCGACGAAACACACCAGUUGUUCCAGUCCGUGAAGAACGACGGCUGAACGUGACAUUUCUUGCUGAGCAGCUGCGCC